UUAGUGGGGGUUUACGAACCAACCACACGGUCCACGCCCACUGACCCACCACACGCACAAACUCAAAAAAACCGCUGAUUUAAAUGAAUUUUUUUCUAUUGCAUAUAGCAACUUACCUGAUCUGAGAGACUGGAGAGAGAAAUUAUUAUUAGUACGAGUAUUUUUCUUUCUAUUCUAGAAAAGUCAUCUAAUUGAAUUGUCCUCUUCGCUAAUUCGCUAUUUCCAAUAUCUUCGUCACUGCUUCAUCUUCUUCUUCUUAGAUAUAUUACACGCACAGAGAGAGAUUUUAGAUGAGUGGGAGAUAAUGAUGGGAAGAGAAGAGCAAAUGGGUAUUGAUGAGUUUGAGGAGCGAGUGCUUGAAACGAUGAAAGGGUGUCAACAGAGGAAGGAGCCUCCACUGGUAUGGGCAAUGGAAGUCGUCAAAUGCGUGGCCAAUGCCGGUUUAGGGUUGCCCAGUGCCGAUUUAGGAGAGGUUUUGGUGUCCCAACUUUGCUUUUCCAACAACGAUGACGACGACAACAACAUUCCCUCACUCUGGAAGUUCCUCGAACAAGCCCUUUCUUCGGGUCUCCUCUCCGCUCUCCAUGUCCUCGCCCUUCUCACCUCUAGGGUUGUUCCUCAUCGACUCUCUCAACCAGAGGCCUAUAGACUCUAUUUGGAACUUAUAAGAAGAUAUGCAUUUUCAUUUGAUUCACUUGGGGCAGAUGCUUGCCGAGAGAAGAUAAUAAAGUCUGUUGAUGUUUGCCUUCAGCUUUCCCAGAGAUAUGGGGUUCAGGAUCUGGAACCUGGACGCACACUGGUAUUGCUCUUUUUCAAUAUUGUCAUUGGCUUAAUUGACAGCACAUUUGAAGAUUGGGGAUUGCAAAUGACAUCUGUUGACGGAGCAAGUGAAGCAAUUAGAAGUGGAGCUAGCCAGAAUAUGGAUGUGGAUUUUAAAGGAAAUAAAAUCUAUAAAAAAAAUGAACAUCGUGAACAGAUAAGAAGAACAAAUUCUUUUCUGGCCCUGGAGGUGCUGGGAAAACUAACAGAAAAUAGAAAGGCUAUGGUUCUACUCCGCCUUGUUCACUUGAGUAUGCCUGAAUUGUUCAAAGACCUCCUGCGAAGGAUGCAUAUUCUUGAAGCUCAUAAGUUGGCAUCACCAAAUUUGAAGUCUGCAAACCAAUUUUUGGUAAAAUUGUCUGCAAAUAUCCAAAGAGCUCUGGAUUUUGAAUGUCAGUUGAACAAGCACCAGCUCACUGGGAUGCUUAUUGAUAUUGGAUCGUGUAAGCCAUCACCUUGCUGUGAUUCUGGAUCUGGCCGGUUUGCUUGCUGGGUUCCUUUUGACAUUUAUAUGGAGAAUGCGAUGGAUGGGAAACAACUUCCUGUCACAUCAGCCAUUGAUAUACUCACAGAAAAUAUCAAAACACUUCAAGUAUUUAACAAGGCAAGCUGGCAAGAAACCUUCCUGGCACUCUGGCUUUCAGCACUUCGGCUUGUGCAACGAGAACGUGACCCCCUGGAAGGGCCUAUUCCACAUCUUGAGGCCCGCCUUAGUGUCCUUCUGUCUAUUGUCCCACUUGCGAUUGCUCGUGUUUUGGAGGAUGAUGCCACACUUAGUUCUUCACUUUCAGGAGGUGUGGAAUCUAGAAAUGUGGAAACCGGGUACAAACAUAGAACGUGUGGCCAAGACCAUGCUUCAAGAAAACAGGGGCUGAUCUCCUCUCUUCAGGUCCUUGGACACUAUUCUGCCCUACUAUGCCCCCCUGCAUCAGCUGCUAGUGCAGCUAAUAUUGCAGCUGCUAAAGCAGCUAGCUUCAUCUCUAGUUCCAAUAAUGUAAAGGAUGGAACAAGUGAAGGGAUUCAUAGUGACACUUCCAUAAAAGAAGGUGGUGACAUGAGGCACCUCAUAGUGGAAGCUUGCAUUGCGAGAAAGUUAAUUGAUGCCUCAGCAUAUUUUUGGUCUGGUUACGUGUCUGCAUCAGUAAUUUCACCUUCAGAUUCUUCACCUCUUCAAAGAUCCCCUUGGUCAAAAUUUAUGGAAGGAGCUCCAUUAAGCAGUGCCUUAAUAGAUGCCCUUAUAACAACUCCUGCUUCAAGUUUUGUAGAGAUUCAAAAGUUAUAUUGUAUUGCAUUAAAUGGGUUGGAGGAGGAGAAGUCAGCAGCUGCAAAGAUUCUGUGUGGUGCAUCGCUCAGUUGUGGAUGGAAUAUUCAGGAACACGUGGUGCACUUCGUAGUCAAGCUUCUCUCUCCUUCUGUACCACCCAAUUUUACCGGAGAAAGGAGUCAUCUGAUUGAUUACAUGUCCAUGCUGCAUGCUAUCCUUUUUGGUGCUUCCUCUAUUGAUACUGUUCAUAUUCUUUCUUUGCAUGGUGUGGUGCCUGAAGUUGCAGCUUCUUUACUGCCGCUCUGUGAGGCUUUUGGGUCACUUGUACCAACAUCAAAGCACAAAGCAAGCACAAGUGAUGAGUCCUCGAUUUACAUGGUCUUUUCUGCUGCAUUUCUCUUUCUUCUUCGCUUGUGGAAAUUCUGUAGGCCUUCUCUUGAGCAGUGUAUAACAGGACGAGGGGGAGCAAUUGGAGCUGGGCUUUCUCUGGAGUAUCUUCUCUUAUUGCACAAUAGACGCAUUCAAACACAUAAUUCUGCUGUCCUGGAUGAAAUGAGUAGUAGUUCAAACCUGAAUGGAUUUACUUCAAAUGAGCCCAUAUAUAUUGAUUAUUUUCCAAAAUUUAGGGCUUGGUAUUGUCUAAACAAAUCCUGUAUAGCCUCAACAAUUUCUGGCCUUAGUAGUGGAAAUCCAGUUCAUCAGGUUGCUAAUAAGAUCUUAAAUAUGAUUUACUGGAAAAUGACCAACAGUGGGACCAUGUCUGGCAACUCUUCAACACCAUCAAGCAGCAGCACAAGCAGUUCCCCGGCAAAUGCUGGAGAAGAUGAUUACCGGAGACCUUUGCUCCCCGCAUGGGAGGUAUUGGAAGCUAUCCCUUUUGUUCUUGAGGCUAUUUUAACAGCUUGUGCUCACGGAAGGCUUUCUUCACGGGAUUUGACAACAGGUCUGAGGGACCUAGUCGACUUUCUGCCUGCUUCUCUUGCAACUAUAAUUAGUUACUUCUCCGCUGAAGUUACUCGUGGUAUAUGGAAACCAGUGUCAAUGAAUGGAACAGACUGGCCUAGUCCAGCAGCAAACCUUGUAUCAGUUGAGUCUGAAAUAAAAGAAAUACUAGCUGCUGCAGGUGUCAAUAUUCCAAGCUGUUCAUCUGGAGUUUCACCAGCAAUGCUUCCACUACCAAUGGCAGCUCUUGUCAGUUUAACCAUUACUUUCAAACUCGAUAAGAGUUUGGAGUACAUCCAUGCUGUUGCUGGACCUGCAUUGGAAAACUGUGCAUCAGGUUGCCCUUGGCCAAGCAUGCCGAUAGUUGGCUCUCUGUGGGCCCAAAAAUGCCGCCGCUGGCACGACUUCAUUGUUGUUUCAUGUUGUCGCUCCAUUUUCAGACAAAACAAGGAAGCUGUUGCUCAGCUUCUGAGGAGCUGCUUCAUCUCAUUUCUUGGCUCUCUCAAUCUUUCAAACCCUCCAUCGACCAGUCAAAGUGGGGUGACUGGUCUCUUGGGCAGCUUUGUAUCAGCUCGUGUUGUUUACCCUCGCGUAGCACCUGGAUUUCUGUACCUUAGGUCCUGUCGCACGAUACACAAUGUCCAAUGCGUGAAUGAUGUGAUUGUGGAAUUUGUAGCCAAGUCUACCCGGGAAUUAGCAGCCAGAUGGGCAAGUGCAGACUCCCCCCGCUUGAAGUCUACCCAAGCAUCUCUUGCUGUUGCUGUUGCCAGGGCAAAAGAGGCAGCCACACUUGGUGCAAGUCUCUUAUGUGUAACAGGGGGACUCCAGCUGGUCCGAGAACUGUAUCAGGACACUAUUCCAACCUGGUUGCUCUCUGCGAGGGAAGAGAAACCGGGUGAGGUGAGUGCCGUCUCCCGGAUACUGGAGGGAUAUUCAAUGGCUUACUUGGUGCUUCUGUCAGGAGCUUUAGUGUGGGGUGUUGGUACCAAACAACCAUUCUGGGCAUUCUCAAGGAGGUCGCAUGUUGUAAGCGUCCACAUGGAUUUUGUAGCUGGGGUUUUGGAUGGUAACAUUUCACUCAACUGUGAUCCCGCCACUUGGAAAGCUUAUGUCUCUUGUUUAGUGGGUUUAAUAGUGAGUUUUGCUCCGACGUGGAUUCAGGAAUUGAAACAGGAGACACUGAGGAAACUGGUGAAUGGUUUGAGAGGAUGGCACGAGUGUGAGUUGGCUCUUUCCCUCCUUGAAAGAGGUGGGGCUGCAGCUAUGGGAUCUGUGGCUGAACUGAACAAUUUAAUUUAAAAUCAAUUCUGAAUGACUAAUACAGGGUCUUGCCACCAGGUGAUCUGUGCAUGCAUUUGUGUGCUUUGGCUGUCGCAUCUAGUGGCUGCACCUUGUUCCUGGAACUAGUGAAUUGUCCUGGUAUAAUCUGGUCUAUGGCAGUUGUAUCUAGUGUUCGAUCUUCUCUACGAUCAUACAUCCUAAUGAUAUGUAUGAUAAAUCCAUGCUGAAGGAAAACAGAGAAUCUUCUACUGAACAAGAUAAACAGUAUAUGCCAACCAUUAACUGCUCAGAAUACCCCAGACGAUUUGGUUUAGUAGAAUGCUAGGGUUUUAGUAUAAAUAGGAGCUUCAGAUUUUAGUGAGGGGGCUUUCUUUCAUCGUUUGCACUCACCCCAUGCCGCUGUAGUGUUGCUUAGCAACAUUGGUAAAUAGUUUUCAUUUUUCUGGUAAUCGAUGGGAUAGUUUUCAUUUUUUAAUCAUGUCCUUUUCAUUUAAAAUUAGAGUUAAGAUGUAAAUCUUGUUGAAGUUAUAAAGAACUCUUAGCAUUUAAGUUACAGAGUAAAUUAGAAUUUUUUAUUGAA